GAAGAAGAUAUGAGAUACUUUGCUUACAAGAAUAUCAACAAAACUCACGUCUCCAUUGUACUAGCACAAUUACUAGAAGAGUUAGUGGAUACCGAUGAACCUAUUACUUUGCUUAAAUUUCGCCUGCUUUGUAAUCACGUGGAUAGCACAAACUCCUCAGUAUCAUCGCAUUUAUCUGUCAAUGUUUAUGUAGAAGAUGUAAACGAUCAUGCACCCCAAUUUUACGAUGCUCCGUAUAAUGUUGCAGUUGAAGAACUUUCAGCUACAGGCCUUACGAUAUUUGAAGGAAUUUUUGCAUUUGAUAAAGAUAAACCAAAUACGCCGAAUAGCGAUGUACGUUACGCAAUAACCAAGGGUAAUGAACAAGGCAAGUUUUCUCUUGAAACAGGGCAAAAAACUGCGAUUAUUCUAAAAAAACAAUUAGAUUAUGAUGAUGGCGACAAGAAGUACAAUCUUACUGUAACUGCAUCUGAUAGAGGAUCUCCACCAAAGAGUACAAAUACUUCAUUAAUCAUAACUGUAGUAGACAAUGAUGACUUAAAUCCUAAAUUCACUCAAGACGUGUAUCGUACUGCAAUUUUUGAAAAUCCUCCAACAACUAGUCAGAUAAUUCACAACGAAAUCAAGUUUACACCAUCAAUCCAAGCUAUUGAUCAGGAUCGACAAAUCAAUAAGCCAGUGAGCUAUGUCAUAUUAUCUGGUAACGAAAGACACACGUUUUAUCUGGAUCCGCAUAAUGGUUCACUUUUUCUUGAGCGACCUAUUGAUCUCGAUACAGAGCGUAAUCUGUACGGUAAUAAGUUCGUGCUACAGAUACAAGCCAUCCAAACUGACAAUCCGUUAAGGGUCUCCAGCGCUCAAGUUGAGAUUCAGUUACUCGAUCUUAACGAUAAUCUCCCGGAGUUUGAGGUUGACUUUUACAAUAUAAGUAUUGUUGAGAAUCUACCCAAUGGUUUUAGUGUACUUCAGGUAAUGGCUGUGGAUCAUGACAGAGGUGAAAAUGGUGAAUUCACAUACGAGCUGAGAGACCCAUCUAAUGCUUUUGCUAUUGAUGAAGCAACAGGUUGGCUCACAGUACAUAAUCAAAAUGUACUUGAUCGUGAGAAGAAAUCGUUUCUUAAAAUGCAAGUCGUAGCUAUUGAAAAGCGUCCAAGUGACGUCGAGCCCUUUAAUGUCUCAUCCUCGGUAGACGUUCAAGUGACACUUCUUGAUGCCAAUGACAACAAUCCUGUUUUUGUUUCUGGAAAUUUACUGCAAUUUGUUGCCCAUAGUGAUUAUAAAGCUGGUACCAUCAUUGGUCAGGUUCACGCAGUUGACAAGGAUCUAGGUAUCAAUGGCCUAGUAAAGUACACACUUCAACUUCUGGGUAAUUCCAACAAUAGCAUACCUUUUGCUGUGAAUCCUGACACUGGUGUGAUAACUAUCUCCGAAAAUUCGGUUCCUGAAGGGAAACAUGUAAUUUUUAUUGAAGCAGCAGAUCAGCCAUCAAAUCCAAGUGAAAAACGAUCUUCUCUUGCCGUUGUCACGAUUGAAGUACUUCAAAGUGAUGGCCAGGAGUCAAAAGAUCCAGACUUUGUUGGAGCGCCAUACGAGUUCUGGGUGGGUGGUAACGUUCCAGUUGGAACAAGCAUUGGACAAGUUAGAGUGAAUGAGAUCGUUAAGAGCAAGACAUUGGUCUACGAUCUUCUGCAUAGUUAUCAGGAAGGAGUACCUUUUGCUGUGGAGGAGCGCUCUGGAACUAUAACUGUGGUUGAUGACAUCAAAAAUUACGACAAACUAUCGUAUGAUUUGGAAGCAGUCGUCAGCGAUGAGAACAGUCUCACCCUCGUAACUAAUGUUUCAAUACAUGUAGUUGAUCCAAGUGACGAGAACGGUAUUUUCACCAAGGAAGCAACAAAGGCACCUUUGACAUUUCAUGUCAUGGAAAACGCUGUGGGAGCUUUCAUCGGGCGAGUAGUUCCAGCCAAUAUCAGUAGUAGUCUUAAGAAUGUACGUUUCCUGAUAGCCAAUCAGCAGGACAUAAAUGAGAUUUCUAUUACUGAUACAGGAGCCCUUUACACCCAAACAGGUCUUGAUAGAGAAAAGAAACAAAAUCAUAGUAUAAUAGCUAUAGCUGAGAGUCCUCGUGGAGUUGGAGUAUUUCAAGUAACAGUCAUAGUUGAUGACGAAGAUGAUAACGCUCCUAUAUUUUCUUCAAGUGCUUACGAAGGUAGAAUAUUAGAGAACAGUCGUACAGGGACUGAAGUUAUUAUGCUGAAUCACAUAUCUGUUCGAGAUCUAGAUGAACAUGCUAAUUUUUUUCUGACAUUGGAGGGAAUUGGCAGUAAUUUUUUUGAGAUAAAUCAGAUGACGGCUAGGAUAUUUUACAUAGGAAAUUCAACAGAUUUGCUUGAUCGUGAAGAAAAGCCUGCCUACAAUCUUCAAAUAGUUGCUCAAGAUGGGACUCAAAAAUCGUCAAACGCCUCACUUACAAUUCAAGUAGAAGACGAAAAUGAUAAUGCACCAAAUUUUGCACAGAUGAUUAUCCUACCAGAUCGAGGAAUCAGAGUUACAAAAGACAAUAUUGAUAAGUCGAGUAUGAAGAGUAAUAGUAGCAAAGCUGCUUUAGAAAGUAACGAUCAUCGAUCACCACUUCUCUACAUUCCAGAAAAUAUAACGAUAGGUGUUCCUAUUAUUCGGCUUGUUGCUCGAGAUCCUGAUAAGGGAAAAAAUUCUGAAGUUACAUAUAAUAUCUUAUCAGAAAUGGAAGACUUCAGCUCUUUAAAAAGUAAAUUUAAGUCCAGAGGAAUGGUGAAGCACUAUUUCGUUAUGGACUCCAAAACCGGUGAGGUAUCCGUAGCUGGUACAUUACCCGGUGAAACUGAUAUUACUGUUGAAAUUAUUGCUAGAGACAACGACGGAUUAAUGGAUAAUAUAACAGUACGAUUACAUAUUUUUGACGUAAACGACCAUGCACCUAUUUUCAAAAAGUCUUCGUAUUCAUUUGAUGUUCUUGAAGGGGUCUACACAAAAUUAGAAUUUGGAAAACUUGAGGCUACUGACGAGGAUUUUGGGGACAAUGCUGAUGUUACGUACCAAAUGACACUCAUCAAUCCGGAUAACAGUGCAAAGUUUGAAAUUUCUAAGUACUAUGGAACAAUUUACGUUACUGGCACUCUUGACAGAGAAAGUCGUGAUGUCUACAACUUCAAAGUUACAGCUAGAGACAAUGGCACUGAAAAAUUGUAUUCUAGUGUUGAUGUUGAGCUGCAUAUAACAGAUUCAAAUGACAACUACCCUACGUUUUAUGGCUACCAAAGUGUGGGAAAAAUACCAAACACAUCAAGAAAUAUUGAUAAGAAAGAGACAAAGCAACAUUUAGUGCCAGUUUAUUAUGCUUCACUGCCUGAAAACAGUCUAAUUGGUACAGCCGUCUCAAAGGUGUACGCAAAUGAUUCAGAUUUUACUGGAAAUGGUAACGGUGUUGUUUUGUUUGACUUAAUGCAUAUUAAAGCGCAAAUUCAGUAUUUUGCUAUUAAUAGUAAAGACGGUGCAGUAAUAACAGUUGGAAAUCUUGAUUACGAAACUCAGAAUGCAUUCAACUUGACGAUCACUGCAAGUGAUUUGGGAUCACCAAGCCUAACUUCCACUGCACUUUUAUUUGUAACUAUAUUAGAUGUAGAUGAAGGACUGGAAGAUCCAAAACGCCCUACUUUUCAGCAUAAAUACUAUGAAGUGGAGGUGGAUGAGAAUUCCUUAGUUCCACUAAAAAUACUGGAUCUUAAUGUCUCUAAUACUUUCAAAAACAAACAGAUACGUUACAGUAUUGUAAAAGAUGAUUCUUAUUUGAAAGAAUACUUUAGUCUUGAUCCAAAAAAUGGAUCUUUGUAUUUAUUAAUAAGUCCAGAUCGUGAGAAACGAGAACAGUAUGAGUUAAGGGUGACAGUGGAUGAAGUGAAAAUAGCUAGAGGAAUGCCAGUGAUGUUAUAUCCAGUGCUGGACGAGAGACUGAACGGACUUAGGCCAAAUGAGGCGAAAAUCAUCUUGAGAGUAAAAGAUAUCAAUGAUAAUGAACCAAAAUUCAAAUCGAACGGUGGAUCAUUUUUAGGAACUGUCCCAACUUCGGCUUACUAUGGAUACAAUAUUAUUAAAAUUGAGGCAGAAGAUCUUGACAAAGAAUUAAAUAGCCAAAUUCGCUAUCAGAUUCUAAAUGGCAAGGAAAGCUCAAAAUUCACCAUUGACCCCGUAACUGGUCAAGUACAGGUGGCUGGCAGUUUCGCCAACGAUGGUGGACGAGUUUUCAGCUUCGACGUUCAGGCCACAGAUAGAGCUGGCAUGGAUGACGGAUGCAGCAACAUCGCCCAUGUGUUGGUGUGUGUUCUUGAUGACAAUAAGCAGUUAGUCAUAACCAUGGGGAUGAAGUUACCAGAAAUCCAGGCAGAACUUGGUAAAAUUACAAGUAUACUGCAGAACAUAACUGGCUUGGACAUACGAGUUAGGAAGCUUGAACCACAUUCAGAAGAACAUAAGAUCAAAAUGACAUCAAGUGACAUGUAUCUAUAUGCCUUGGAUACAAAUAAAAAUAUCAUGGUUGAUAUGGAUACCUUACAAAGGAUUUUUCGCAAUAAAAAAUCUGAAAUAAUGCAACAGCUAAAGCAGUACAGGCUAUUAGAUAUAGAUGACAAAUCCCGAAGUAACACUCAACACUACUUCCUUUCAACACUUGAGAUGUUUGUAGUUGGAAUGGGCUGUGUCAUUUUUAUCGGUGCUCUUAUAACUGCUUUGUGCAUAUCAUGCAUACGACGCAACAAACGCUACUGUUAUGGAGCAAACACCUUUGACACGGACGCAUCACCUGGUUUUACCCUGGUUGAGCCAGGACAAUCAAAAAAUACACUUCAAAAACACUUGCUCUUCCCCUCAUUUGUUGGUGGAAAUCAUAGCUAUGAUCCAGCUGCCUCACUCUCUGGAAAAAUUCACCAGCGUGGCUUUAGUGAGCAUGAACCUCAUUGCGUUCGUUUUCACAGUUACAGUAACGUAAAUCAUGGCAGCGUUAGUGCAGGCUGCGUCAGUGGUAAAAGAACGCCACGUCGAUCAACCAUGGGUUUGGAGACAUCGGCCACAUCUCUGCACUCAAGUGGCCAGGACUCGGGCAUCGUUACUGGCAUUUUGUAUCCCUGUCAAUGCAGUAGCUCUUCCAGCCCUUCAAGUGGUGAAAGUAGCAAGUAAGUGUUCUAUCAAUACCCUGACUACGAAGACUCAUUAAAAUCACUUCAGUACCAACAACGUCACCAACAGCAACGCAAUGAGCUACAGCUACAAAAUCAUCAACAACGCAGUCAAAGUCAUGACUCUUGGCAUGAUAGUCAUAAUGAUAACAAUAACUUAUGCAAUACGCAGUUAUUAAAUAAACAGCACCGAUUCCACUCUUUUACUAAUCUCGAAUCGAUUCACAAAGGAGAACCAAGUAUUAAUGGACUGCAUCGUAAUAGGCGCUUCCAAACAGUAUUACUAGGACAAAAGCAUCACCAUGGGGAUGCAUUCAACAAUAUGACUCCAUUUACUUCCGCCAUGCAUCGACGUUCUUAUUCGGAGGCAGAAAAUUUGAACAUCAUGGAAACAUUUAUGCAGGAGCAUACGAUGUCUCCAAAGUCUCUGGGAUCGUUCGGAACAUUACCCACAGAAUCAUCAAAGUUUUUUUGCAGCAAGGGCAAAGAAAUUCUGCCAGCUGGGGCAGCGAAGGCAGUGGGUGGUAUACCAACACUACUUCGAUCUUCUGACAGUAAACGUGUCAUUUACGCCAGGCCGAAGCGAAACUUUACUUAA